AUGCCCCGGGUAUCCCCAGAUCGCACCAAUCCAAACCACAUCAUCUCGGUCUUGAACUCGCCUUCUGUAUCUUCUACUUCGCCUUCGCCUUCGCUUUCGCCAGAACCUCAACAGCUUUCUUCAAAUCCCAACAUGGUGGGCCGAAAGAACAUGCGCUCAAGCCCUAAGGGGGACACUGUGCCCGUCACCUAUACUCCGACCACCCACCGCAUCAGUAAAGCAAAGAAGGGAAAGCGCGUACAUGCUUGCCAACAUGACGGCUGUGGAAAGGUCUUCACCAGAGCCGAGCACAAGAGACGACAUGAACUGAACCACAACCCGGAGGCUUCAUAUCGGUGCACACAGCAAGGAUGCAAGAAAACCUUCCAUCGCACGGAUCUACUUGCACGUCACAUUGAGAGACACGAGCUUGAGUCGCAAACAGACCAGCCCUCAUGGGUACCCAAACAAGAACCCAUUCUCACCGAGUCUUCUAUCCCGCGUUGUAUAUCAAUGGACAGUGGAAUGCCUUUGAGCGCAGCACAACCAAACACUAUGUCUAUUGGCUCUGUCGUGGCACCUGGAAUCCAUCCAGAUCUGGCCAACGACUGCUCUUUGAUGUGGAGCGGCGUCGACUUGCCCUUGCAGCCCCGGCCAACAUUCCACAACCACCUCUCCGAAACCGCGGACGACAGUCCAUUCUACUCAUCCCCGGCAGAGACAUGCCCGUCACCUCUAUCUGAUACCACAUUCUCCCUUCCUGCCCACUCCAGCUCCUCUAUGUCUUCUACCUCUACUUCCGUCAUCGACCACUACCCCAAAAACAUCUUCAAGGGCGAUGCCCACGCCUCUCCGCUUCAACUCCACACACCUCUCCUCCGUUGGGACGCCGAUGCCGGCAUGCCCCCAUCACAUCUGGUCCCCAUGUCUAUGGGAGAGAACUUGAUCCAGCCUCCCGUACAGUGCCACUACCCCUCUCCAUCUUGGUCCAGCUCCGACUGCCUUCCCUACGAGGACCAAGUCCAAACCAUGCCCCACUUCCAGCCCAUCAGCUGGGGCAUGUGA